AUGGAGCUAGACAAGUGUCCCGGGUGCAAAUCGUGGUGCUGCACCAUAGAUAUGUCCUCGUGUAGAGGACAUCCCGUUAGCAUCCCGGCGAUUCCUCACCCCCCCUACAGUAAAGUGAUUCUGGAUGUGGAUGUGGAUUUGCUCAUUGCCUGCGCCCAAUCCACUCGCGUCCACCUUCCCAAGCGUGGUUCCUGCAUGGCAUGCAAGCUACCGGGCUGGCGAAGAUGCCAAGGCCGCUGCUGUUUCUGGUCAGACAAUGCUGUGAUCUGCCCAGAGUGCACGAGCGGUGGUAUGACGUGUGUGCCAGAAAGAAAGUGUGGGCAUGCGACAUUCACGCGAAGCAUGACAGAGGCAUCUUCAUCCCCUGUCUGCGCUGCGGCAGGCCGUUCCGCACCUCUUACUCCUAUAUUUAUUAAUGCAAGCGGUGUUGCCGUGCGACUCUCUGCUACGACUGCGCUGAAGAAGGGUCAAAUGCGGACGACUGUGUCGAAGAAAUGUCGUAUGAAGAAUGCGGAUGACAGGAACCUGGAGACAAUGUUUGCUAAAUUCGCCGCGACAUGCGAUGGCUGUGGGGAGAUCACUGCGCGUCAAUUCAACCUUCGUGGUUUUCAUGCCCAGGGCCUUGCGAUAAAGGCCCGUAGAAAAAUGCAGCCCCACCAACUUUGGGUAACACAAAGUGCUAGUGUUUCUGGCCAAGGAGAGAUGAGCUUCGAGGCAGCAGGGGGGAGCCUCGAGUCUUCAUUUUGA